AUGUCGCGACGAAAGGCAUUGACUGUCUUUCUGCGAGAGAAUUGGGAAAAUACGGACUACCAAACCAUCGACGUCAAACUGCUCAGGGAUCCAGCACUAGGAUUAGGCAUUACUGUAGCUGGAUAUGUACAUAGGAAAGAGGAGAUCGGCGGCAUUUUCGUCAAGUCGCUCGUGCCGAGGUCAGCCGCUGUGCUUUCCGGUUUGAUUCGCGUUCACGACCUCAUUCUCGAGGUGAACGGCGUGUCCCUGGAACACCUGUCUCAUGCGGAUUCGGUGCGCACUCUGGUGAGUAGCGGCAAGCAAGUCGAGCUCCGACUCAUCCGCUUCCCUCCCGACAGCGUCCAGACGCAGUGUCUCAAGAUGCUGCAAGAACAGGUAGCCCAUAUUUCCGUAUCCCGAGUUCACUUCUGUUUCUUUCUACUUUUGUUUCUUUCUUUACUUUAUAAGGAAGGUUGGUAA